AUUUUAUAUUUCCUCUCAAAUGAUUUAUUCUUUCAAUAUCUGUUUUGUGAUGGGAAGUUUUUCCUUUUUACAAUGAAAUGCCGCUAAUCUAGCGGUUAUGGCAACCCAAUGUUCUUUUCAAGCCCAGAAAGAACAUAUACAUUUAAGCCGAAUGAUUAUGAAUGUCCUAACCAAACAAAUGUUACUUACAAAUCCCAUAAACAGCAACAACUAAAACAGAAACAUGAAAAACAUUUUCACCCUCCCCAGAUCCCCUAAACCUUGGAAUACCAGAAGAAAACCCCAACACAGAUCACCCUUCUUCUUCCUCUCAAUCUUCCUCUUCUCAAUUAUCCUCUUCUUCAUUGCCUACACUCACAUCCCCAAAUCCCUCCUCUCCCUAUCAUCCACACCAAAUGCUCUAAUUCCCAAAUUCCCACCAUGCCGAACCGCCAAAAUCCUAACCCCGCAUCAAAGAUUCCUCUUUUAUGCUCCACACAGUGGCUUCAGCAAUCAACUUCAAGAAUUCAAGAAUGCAAUUCUAAUGGCGGGUAUUUUGAACCGGACCUUGAUUGUCCCUCCGAUUCUCGACCACCAUGCUGUUGCUCUUGGUAGCUGCCCUAAAUUUAGGGUAUCCAGUCCUACUGAGAUUCGAAUGUCAGUCUGGAAUCACACCAUCGAGCUCCUUCGAAGUGGAAGGUAUGUCUCCAUAGCUGACGUUGUUGAUAUUUCAUCUUUGGUGUUGUCUUCCUUGGUUCAAGUCAUAGACUUUAGAGUUUUUGCAUCUUCAUGGUGUGGGGUGGACACUAAUUUGUUUUGCUUGAAUGAGUUGAAUGCAUACACCUCUUUAUUUGAUAGCCUAAAGCAAUGUGGAUAUGCAUUAUCUGGGCUGACCAGUAUAGAUAAGUGUUUAUAUGCCAUAGAUGAUGAUUGUAGAACCACAGUUUGGACAUACCAAAAUGGUUCUGAGGAUGGCGUAUUAGAUUUUUUCCAACCUGAUGAGCAACUCAAGAUGAAAAAGAAAAUUUCAUAUGUUAGGAGACGUCGAGAUGUAUUUAAGGCCCUUGGACCUGGUUCUGAAGCUGAAUUGGCCACUGUUCUUGCAUUUGGGAGCCUGUUCACAGCUCCAUACCGAGGCUCUGAGCUCUAUCUUGAUAUAAGUAGAGCCACAAGUGAUCAAAGGAUACAGUCCUUAAUUAAGAAGAUUGAAUUUAUUCCUUUUGCCCCUGAAAUAUUAACUGCGGGAAAGAAGUAUGCUCUUAGGACAAUAAAGGUUCCGUUUCUUUGCGCACAGCUCAGACUCUUAGACGGGCAGUUCAAGAACCGCUGGAAGGCUACUUUUUUGGGCUUAAAGCAAAAAUUAGACUCUUUAAGGCAGAAGGGUCCUCAGCCAAUUCAUAUGUUUGUGAUGACUGAUCUUCCAGAAGGUAAUUGGACUGGAACUUACCUAGGGGAUCUGGCAAAAGAUAAGGACUCUUUUAAGCUGUAUUUUCUUAGGGAGGAAGAUGACUUGGUUAAACAAACAGCAAAGAAACUUGCGACUGCAGGAAAUAGCUUGAUGUAUGGAUCUUUUUCAAAGAAGGUUCAUGAAGUAACCGCAACAAAGAAGCAUUGCCCUCAGAGGUUCUCUGAUGUGCUUUUAUUCAUAGAGGAAACUGUGUGCAGUUGUGCUUCACUUGGUUUUGUUGGGACUGCUGGGUCAACCAUUGCAGAGAGUGUAGAGCUGAUGAGAAAAUUUGAUGCAUGUCUGAGGGGAAUUUGACCUUGUAAAAGAAUCUUAGCCAUAGAGCUGGUGGAUUUUAGAUAUUGAGGAUGGACUUCAUGAGGUCAGUGAAAUUUCAAAGAUUCAAUGGUUUAUGAAUCCUAAAUGGGCUCUUCCUUACACUGUAUGACACUUUAACAUACAUGUGCCUUCGGUUUAUCGCAUCUUGCUGCAAAAGCAUGAUGGCUAUGCAUCUGCAAUUUUGAUUUCUCCUCGCUUCCAAUGUUCCACCUAAUGAGCCAUAGAGUUUUGUUAAUUGAACAUAUGAUGUGCCAUUAAAGGCAAAGAAAAGGACUUCUCCCACAUUAUCAUUUAAUUUGGGUUGAGAUGAAGAGAACAUUUCUUGUUCAACAGAAAAUGGGAUCCUUUUAAUCAGAUUGGGAGGUAAUUUUGUUAUCAUUUAAACAUCAACUUGAUUCUUUUGCACCUGUAAAUUAUGUUUGUUGAUUGUGUAAUGUGUGCACUAAUGGACUCGCUGUUUUGAUGGCCUAUUUCUCAGAUAUGUAUGUGGGAUUACAUCAAUUUCCCCUUCAAAACAAAGUAAAGUUGGUUGCUGUAAUUGUUCAUGUGUUUUUCUUUUUCUUUUUAAAUGUGAUUAAGAUAAAAGU